AUGGAACUCGAAAUUCUUAAGACCGCACACAGCAAUAAACUAUUCCGACUAUACGAGACUUCGACUUUUUAUGAUGUUUCAUUGAUCGUCGGUGAGCAAACGGUACAAAAAACAUUUUCUGCUCAUAAGGCGAUACUAGCAGCACAAUCACAAUUUUUUGUAAUCGCUCUUUCUAGUAAUAAUGAUACUGAUAAUCACAAUAUAAACCUGCCAAAUAUUACGCCAAGAAUUUUUGACAUUCUAUUAAGAUAUUUAUAUUGUGGAAUUAUUGAAUUGGAAGAGCACUAUGAGCCAACAAUUUUAGAUAUACUGGAUGCUGCAAAAAAGCUUGAAAUUGAAGAAUUACAAUAA